UGUGCGCGCACUCGUGGGCGCGGUCUGAGGCAGUCGGGCGGCUAUUGGGUGUCUCGCGGAUCCGUUAAACGACGAGAGCGCGUCUGUACGGAGGCCGAGAGGCGCGGCGCUGUGGCGGAUCCCGAUCCCCACCCGUAAGCAUGGCGCCUCAAUGAACACCGGAGAGCGCAAAGAGAGGCGGAAAACUAAUAUGCUCCCCGAUCGUUUUAAAUAACCGGUUAAGAACGAACUUCGCCCUUACCGGAGACAGUCGACGGGGUUUCUGCGUGCGGUUUUCUUGGUCUCCCGUAGGAUGGUGAGCUGAGCAGAUGAAAGCGCAAGUUAUCGGUGAACGCAUCGGUGCAGUUGUUGAAUUGUAGGCGCGCGUGGGCCGCCGGUGCACCGGGAUCAUGAAGCGCUGCCGCGGGACGCUUGUCUUUGUGCGAGGCGCCUUCAUGUCGGCGGACAGACGCGUUUAAACGCGCUAACAUGACUGUCAGUUUCAUGUCGAGUGCACUGUGAGUUUAUUUUGCCUUUUAUCCGUUCAGGCCGGAGAGAUGCGCGAGUAUAAAGUGGUGGUGCUCGGGAGUGGCGGGGUCGGUAAAUCCGCCCUUACCGUGCAGUUCGUCACCGGGACGUUUAUCGAGAAGUACGACCCGACCAUCGAGGACUUUUACCGGAAGGAAAUCGAGGUGGACUCGUCGCCGUCGGUGCUGGAGAUCCUGGACACGGCGGGCACGGAGCAGUUUGCGUCCAUGCGGGACCUGUACAUUAAAAAUGGUCAGGGCUUUAUUCUGGUCUACAGUCUGGUCAACCAGCAGAGCUUUCAGGACAUCAAACCCAUGCGAGACCAGAUCAUCCGAGUGAAGAGGUAUGAGAAGGUGCCAGUGAUCCUGGUUGGGAAUAAGGUGGAUCUGGAAAGCGAGAGGGAGGUGUCGGUGAGAGAGGGGCAGGCGCUGGCCGAGGAGUGGGGCUGUCCUUUUAUUGAGACUUCUGCCAAGAGCAAGACAAUGGUGGACGAACUCUUCGCCGAGAUCGUACGACAGAUGGACUACGCAGCCCAGCCGGACAAAGAUGAUCCAUGUUGCUCCUCCUGCAAUAUACAAUAACCCCCCUGACACCGAACACACAUUACUGUAGCUUUAUUAGACUUUUCCUGUCUGCAGUUUUUCACGGUUCUGUAUCUACAGACUCACAGUAAUCUUAAGCAUUUGUUUGUCACUUUAAAUACAUAAUGGCUGAGACACAGAAGAGCGCUUGCCUUGGGUUUCAACCGGAUACUUUUGUGUGGAUGACUUGAACUUCACAUUGUUUUUUAUUGUGUUGGUAGUUUUAUCCGAAUUUUAGAGAGCGAGAGAGGCUCUUAAACAUAAGCCUUGUUUAUAGAUACGCUUAAUUGCUUAAAAUUGAAGUGUUUUUUUUAAGUAACAUACUUUGUCCUGUCCCAGCUUAAAGGAUUACUCCACUUUCUUAAAAACAAUCCUGAUAAUUUGCUCACCCCAAUGUCAUCCAAAAUGUUGAUAUUUUUCUUUGUUCAAUCGAGAAGUAAUGAAGUUUUUUGAGGAAACAUUCCUUGAUUUUUAAUUUAAUAGACUUUAUUGGACCUCAACAGUUUAAAUGCAGUUUUAACGUAACUUCAAAGGGCCUUAAACGAUCCCAACCGAGGCAUAAGGGUUUUAUCUAGCAAAACGAUUUCAUUUUCAGCAAGAAAAAGGAAAAAUAUGUACUUUUAAACUACAAUUUCUCAUCUUGCAUUAGCCGUGUGACGAGCCAGCACGACCCUACGUAUUACGUAAUCUCGUCAAAAGGUCAUGUGUUACAUAUGUGUAACAAACACUUGCAGACCAUUUUAAACAAUAAACUGACAUAAAGACAUUAAUUAUUAUCAUUCCACAUACAACAACGUCUGAACGCUUCUCUUUCUGCACACUUGUAAACACUGGAGCGGUAGUUUCACAUACAUCGUAUGACUUUUCCACAUGAUUACGUAAUACGUAAGAUCGCGCUGGCGCGUCACACAGCUAGUGCAAGAUGUAAAGUAGUAAUUUAAGGUGCUUUUUUUCUUGCCAAAAAUUAUCUUUUUCCUAGAUCAGACCCUUAUACCUCUAUAGCCCUUUGAAACUGCAAUUUUAAAUUGUAAACUGUUGAGGUCCAGUAAAGUCCAUCAAAUUGAGAAAAAUCCUGUAAAGGUUUUUCUUCUCGACUGAACAAAGAAAGACAUUAACAUUUUGGAUGACAUGGGGUGAGUAAAUUUGAAGUGGAGUAAUCCUUUAACUGUAGACAGUGUAGACAUGUAAUUCAUGUGUAGGUUAUAUGCCCCAAAACUCGUAACACUGUGGGACUCUUUGACCGGUGACAGAUGGGAGGAGUUUUUUUGUUUUUGUUUUUGAUGUUGCAAAUAACACUGACAUUUUACACACUAUCAUCUCUAAUGAUUGUUUUAUUAGAGAAACAGUUUCUCAAAAUCAUCUGCUUUUCUUUAGUUUCAUGCAGGAGUAAAAAACCACAAAUCUAUACAGACUAAUGUAUACUUGAUGGAUUAUAAAAACCUAAAAUGUUUUGCAGUAUGUGAUUGUAUGACAGGGUGCUAUCUUACAGUUUUUGUCUUUUUGUUUUCCUUUUUUUAUGUACAGUCAGACAAAAGGUACUUUUUGCUUUACAUUUUUUUUUACUUUCAAGUCCAUAGAGACAUUACAAGUAUUUAAUUUCCAAGUAGAAAGUUGGAAUUUCAAAGUCUCCAGGUUAAAUACAGCACAGCAGUGUUUGUGUAGAUUUUAAGUGAACUUUAAAAUUUCCGCUCUAUAAUUAUUAUAUCCUGUGACUUUCCAGGGCUCUCUCUCGCUCUCACACGAGUCUCUGUAACAUCUCGGUCCUCUUUCUACAUUUGUUUUUCUCAAUAUUCUGCCAUGGUUUUAUGGCUCAUUAAUGCCGAUGUUGAUUAUUAGUGGACUGUAAAUACAUUUGUACAGAGGUGGCCAGUUUUCUUGCACCCUCUUCGUGGUUGAGCUAAAGUUUAGACCUCAAGGCCGAACAGAGAGAUUAUGGAGACGGAUGGUGUGUAUGUGUUUUAAUAGAGAGCUCCGAGUCAGUAUUGAUUUUAUAUUUUUUUAUGUGUACGUGUGCUUAACUCUCAUGAAUGACUGAACGUUGACACUUUUGUUUGGCACCUAAAUAAAGUGCAUCCAACACACACAACAAUGUAUGCGCCUUUAUAUCCAGAAAUGAUCAUAAUUCAUAAAUACUUUGCAGCAUGUGUGUUAUUUAUAAAGGUGUGUUUGUGAGAACUAUACUCGCACAGGCCAUUUGUUAUCAGUCAGAUUUUGUGUUUAUGUGGCUUUUUAACUAUUUAGGAUAAAUACUAAUGUUAGCUACGCAACAUUUAGCAGGUGAAUUCCAUCCAAACUGACUUCAGUCAUUUUUCUAUCAGUAAAAACUGAAUGGUGCUUGUGAAAUGUCAGUAACCUAGUGAAAGUUGUUCAAGGAGCUGCCAUUAUCAAUCAUAC